GCUGCCUCCCGCGGGGUCGCGAUGCUCCCAGACCUGGAGGGCGCGCCGGCGGGUGGGGUGCGCGCGCUCCUGCUCCUUCCAGGACAGGCACGUCGCCCCGGGGGUGACUGUGCAUUUGGGUCCGGCGGGGACGCGCUCCGGCCGCAGGGCCGCCUCUCUCAGCCCGGCCACCUGGUGGCACCGCCAGACCCCGCCGCCGGCAGCCGCGAUCCCGGCCCCCGGCCAAGGCCAGGGGUGGGCGGGGCUGAGACCCACGGGGCCGGGGCCAGCCGGCCAGCCCCGCCCGCUCCGCCCCGCCCCGCCCGUGGCUCCAGCGCCGGGUCCUGCGGGGCGGGAAGGACAGACGGACAGUGGCGGGCCACCCGGCUCUCCUCGCCGCUGCGGCAGCGGCCGUGGGGCCGCGCGGCGAGGCCUGAUCCCUGCGGCGCAGCACGGCGGGCGGCGCUGCAGAGUCAGAGGCACCGACUCCCGGAGGUGAGAGUGGUUUCCUGGCGGCUGCUUGGCACACCCGGAGAGCAGGAUUCUUCUCUUCUUUGUGGCCACUCAAUGCCUCUGUGCACCACACCUUCCAGCGGGGGAAGAAGGGAGGAGCUUCUUGGAUGACAAUGGACAUCCCACUGGCCAGGAUGAGGGCAGAGUGUGUGACAUCAACACCACAAGGCAUAGGGAACAGGGCUUUCUCUUCAAGGAGUGAGCCAUUGGAACAGAAGGGGAAGCCUACCUCUUUGCUGAGAGCUGAGCUGAGCCCCCAGUGAGGUGUGGGUUGGGGGCAAGGUUCCGAGCGGAGGAGGGAGCUGUUUCUGAGGGUGCAUGACAGAGCCCCGGGGACCAGGAGCGAUGAGCUACAAGCUGGACGGCACUAGCCUAUCCCAUCAGCACUGAGCAUUCCCAAACGCGGCGCCUCCUGAUCGAGACUGGAUAUGCUUGUAUCGUGUGCAGCGUGACCUGCCUCGUCUCCCUGCCCAGCCAGCUCUCUGCCUCCCGUAUCCACCAUGGUUUUUGGUGAGUUCUUCCAUCGCCCUGGACCAGACGAGGAACUUGUCAACUUGAAUGUGGGGGGCUUUAAGCAGUCCGUGGACCAGAGCACCCUCCUGCGCUUUCCACACACCAGACUUGGGAAGCUGCUCACCUGCCACUCGGAAGAGGCCAUCCUGGAGCUGUGUGAUGACUACAGCGUGGCCGACAAAGAGUACUAUUUCGAUCGGAACCCCUCCUUGUUCCAAUAUGUGUUGAAUUUUUAUUACACGGGGAAGCUGCACGUCAUGGAGGAGCUGUGCGUGUUCUCCUUCUGCCAGGAGAUCGAGUACUGGGGCAUCAACGAGCUCUUCAUCGACUCCUGCUGCAGCAACCGCUACCAGGAGCGCAAGGAGGAGACCCACGAGAAGGACUGGGACCAGAAAAGCAACGAUGUGAGCACCGACUCCUCCUUUGAAGAGUCGUCUCUGUUCGAGAAGGAGCUGGAGAAGUUUGACAAGCUGCGAUUUGGCCGGCUCCGCAAGAAGAUCUGGAUUCGCAUGGAAAACCCAGCCUCCUGCCUGUCAGCCAAGCUCAUCGCUAUCUCUUCCCUGAGCGUGGUGCUGGCCUCCAUUGUGGCCAUGUGUAUCCACAGCAUGUCCGAGUUCCAGAACGAGGAUGGCGAGGUGGAUGACCCGGUGCUGGAAGGGGUGGAGAUCGCGUGCAUCGCUUGGUUCACCAGCGAGCUUGCCAUCCGGCUCAUGGCUGCUCCCUGUCAAAAGAAAUUCUGGAAACACCCUCUGAACAUAAUCGACUUUGUGUCCAUCAUUCCCUUCUACGCCACGUUGGCUGUAGACACCAAGGAGGAAGAGAGCGAGGACAUCGAGAACAUGGGCAAGGCGAUCCAGAUCCUCAGGCUGAUGAGGAUUUUCCGAAUCCUCAAGCUUGCCCGGCACUCAGUAGGGCUUCGGUCUCUCGGUGCCACGCUGAGGCACAGCUACCAUGAAGUCGGGCUGCUGCUCCUCUUCCUCUCAGUGGGCAUUUCCAUCUUUUCUGUGCUCAUCUACUCUGUGGAGAAGGAUGACGACACGUCGAGCCUCACCAGCAUCCCCAUCUGCUGGUGGUGGGCCACCAUCAGCAUGACGACUGUGGGCUAUGGAGACACCCACCCCGUCACCGUGCCUGGGAAGCUUAUCGCCAGCACGUGCAUCAUCUGCGGCAUCUUGGUGGUGGCCCUGCCCAUCACCAUCAUCUUCAACAAAUUCUCCAAGUACUACCAGAAGCAAAAGGACAUUGACGUGGACCCGUGCAGUGAGGACCCGGCAGAGAAGGGUCAUGAGCUCCCUUACUUCAACAUUAGGGACAUGUAUGCCCAGCGGAUGCACGCCUUCAUUAGCAGUCUCUCUCCUGUGGGAAUUGUGGUGGGCGAUCCUGACUCCACAGACGCCUCAAGCAUUGAAGAUGAGGAGGACGUUUAUAACAUGGCGUCCUUGGAGAAUUGCACAGCCAAAUGAGCAGGGACGUUUGUGCCUGUAUCUUGUGUCCCUUCGCGGCGAUAGGUUAACACAGCUUUAUAAACCUCAAUGGGUUCGUUAAAAUCAUUUACUUCUCAGGGCGUACCUUUCAGCCAUAGUUGGACAUUCAUUGCUCCGAAAUGAUAGAAUCGUCUUUAUUUUUCUCAGUGAAGUGAAUUAAAUGCCUUGUUCUGAAAUUUAUUUUUACAAGAAGGAGUUGUGAUAUGCUUUUGGAAAAAAAAAAAAGAUAAGUGGGAUUGGGUGGGAUUUGUUGCUACGGCUUAUGUAUCAUGCUGUGUUUGUCAUCUACUCACAUUGAGCUAUCAAUUACUGACAGUAGAAUCAAAGGCCCAGCUGACUGAAGGCUACAUGCAUGUAAGAUCCACAACAUGAGACAAUGCAUGUAAAUCCAUGUUCACAUUCUAGACAUGGAAAUUAGGAGCCUAAUAAACUGCCUAAUUCAGUACGGAGAAUGUCUUGGUUGUAUGUUUGUAUGUCAAAUGAGUACAUUUCAAUAUGCUCAAAACUGGCUUGGGGGGAAAUGAUCUGUUUGGAGCCCCGAGAGUCCUUUCUGUUUGUUUUUGAGUUUUGGAUAUACAUCAACAAUGGGCCAGUGUUUUUUUUAAAAUUUUAUUUCAGAGAGGGAGGGAGGGAGAGAGAGAGAUAGAAACAUCAAUGAUGAGAGAGAAUCAUUGAUCGGCUGCCUCCUGUAUACCCUACACUGGGGAUCGAUUCCACAACCCAGGCAUGUGCCCUGACCAGGAAUCAAACCUUGACCUCCUGGUUCAUAGGUCGACGCUCAACCACUUAGUCAUGCCAGUUAGGUGGGCUAGUUAUGUUUUGGUUCAAGAGGCUCUGCUUGAUGGUGGUCAGUAGGUAGAAGACAGUGUCUGUGAUAAAGCACACUGUCCAGUGUAAACUGGCUAAACAUGACCAUGUUUAGGACAUAGUCAAAUUAGCGUCUAUGAAUGAAACAUGGGCCCCUACAGAUAUGUUUCCAGUAUAUUCGACUGCUAAGAUAAAAUCUCGUCACCUGAAAAUUGUGCAGAGCAGAGUAAACCUCCACACUCACAGGCAGAGAUGCAUUCAGUUACUGGAAGAAAGAAAUGUACAAACACACACAUGUGAUUCACUACGCCCAGAGGAGUGAAACUUAAAUCACUGGAAAAGGCUAUACCAGUACCUACAGAAUGAGCCAACAUUUAAAAAUAGCUCUAGAGACAGUAAUGUCUGCAUCUUAUGUAGAAACUCCUCAUUACAGAAGAAGACAUACAGACUCAUUUCCAGGGCAGUGAUAGCAAUUCCAUCCCAUGCGGAGAGAAUUCAGCUGAAGCCUCCAUUUCGGAGCUGUCCGGUGACCCUGUCCGGCUGGGUUCUUUGCCUGAGAUCUUUAGAACGGAAGAGCCACAUGGAUUUCUUAUCCACCUUUUUAUGUUUGCAGAUGGAUCUCAUUGAAAGGACGUUGUCUGUAGGUUAUCUGAUGAAGGUACCUGACUCAUCACUCCUCUUAAUGUUUCCGCGACUUCUGAGGUGGAAAUAACUGAACAGGGUUUAUUGUCACUUUUGAAUCUGGAGGCUUAUUACUUGUAUGAGUGUCAUCCUUUGGCCCAUUAAAAGAAGCAUUUCUUUCCCCACGAAUGCCUUUGAUGUUGGCAGAAAUAUAGUUUUGAAGCAUAGCAAUAGAAUCGGGAUCUGUUUUUAUUAAAGACUUCAGUUACUAGUGAAGUAACGAAGACUGCUUAUGUAGUAAUAAUAACAGUAAUGGUAGUAAUAAAUAAUAAAGUAGUGCCCUAGCUGGUUUGGCUCAGUGGAUAGAGCAUCGGCCUGCAACUGAAGGGUCCCGGGUUCGAUUCUGGUCAAGGGCACAGGCCCAGAAUGUGGGCUUGAUCCCCAGUAGGGGAUGUGCAGGAGGCAGCAAUCAAUGAUUCUUUCUCAUUAUUGAUGUUUCUGUCUCGGCCUCUCCCAUCUUCUCUGAAAUCAAUAAAAAAAUAUAAAAAAUAAUAAAGUAGUAAUAACAGCAACAGCAAUAACAGUGAGCUACUAUGUAAGAGCUUUACCUAUAUAAUCUCAUUUAUUUAUUCCUUACACUAUUCCCAGGACCAAGGGUUUAUUACUGUCUCCAUUUUAAGAUGAGGAAACCGAGGGUCACAGGAAGAGGGGCUUGCUUAUGGUCACACAGUGAUGGAUGGAAUUGGGCUGAGACCUGGAGCGAUUCCAGAGCCUAGGCCUUGACCACAGCAUGGCGCUGCCUCCGGCUCUGCUGUGCUCGGAGUGGGUUUAAGGGCAUUUCAGGACAGACAUCAUCUGAAGACAAAGUGCAACAAACUAUCAGACUUUGACUUUUCCAGUAAGCGAGUCAAAAGGGGAAAAUGCUGACUUAGGUACCUUUGCUCUCCUGAUCCACAACACAGACUUGUUUGUUUAGAGCAGUGUUUUCUAGGAUGUUCUUGACAACUGGAAUAGGCUCUGACCCUUCCUUGGCCAGCGGCAGACGCAGUGGGAGAGCUGUGGUUCUAUACAAAUCUAGGAAUCUUGUGGGUUCUGAAGGUGAGCUUCCAAACCUAGACCCUUCUACUGUGGGCGGUUGUGGUUGGAGCAUAUAGUUGUGUUAUCAGGUAUUGAUUCCUGGUGGUGGCUUGCCAGAGCACUCAGCAGUGUGUGGAGUAGUGUCUUCCUUCUGGGUUUGGCCACCUGGCAAUCCCUCCCUAGAACUUUCUCACCUCAGUUCCCACCGUGAUCUCCUGUCAGAGACUCGGAAGUGUCAUCAGGGCUCUAGGGACAAAGAGCUGCAGUGUCUUGUGUUAUGCCACUCUUACUUUCCUGCAAUCCAUGCAGCUCACCUAUUUUCUUUCUUUUUAAGAAAUAUUUAUUGUUAAGAUUAUUACAGAUGUCCCUCUUUUACCCCCCCAUUGCCCC